AUGGCUGCAAGCCCCUUUGUGUGGGCUGUGCCGUGGUCCCAAAGCCGAGCAUGGCUUCGUGUUCCAUGCUUCGUGUUUGGCGCCUCUCCGAACUGCAACUUUGUCCUGAACGCUGGCAAGGGCGGAUUACAAAACAGCAACCACCUGAACCGUGUCGAUUUCCGUAGGUCCAACGCCCCUGAGCAGUCCUUUGAACAAAGCUCAGACCAGAGCGUACCGCUAUCUGCUGUGGUGAACUGCCAGCAGCAGCCGUCCGAGGACGAAUACCAGCAGGACCAAGGCCGACAUAACUCCACGGACGCCGCUUAUACAGUUAAACAACCAACCCUUGGGUUGAACCACAGCCCUGGCCAACAUCAUGAAUACAACGCCAGAUCUCCGGCUUCCUGGACUUCGCAGUGCUUAUCCUCCCUGUGUUCUGAUAUUGACCCCGACAUGGUCCAGGGCGGCUGGGGUAUGCAAGGCAGUGGUAUGUAGGGCAAAUUGUUGAAAGUAGUAGUGCGUCGCAGGACUCGUCUUCCUAUCACCAUCCAAGAGGAACACUGCCCUUGUGAGCAAGCGGCAAAGAACCAAAGUGAACUUUGUUCGGACCCACAGGUACAAACAAAGCUACGAAUUUAGCCACGGCAACGC